AUGGAUCUACUUUUAUCAUGCUUUCUUGCAGCUGCAUUUCCUUCCGAUAUAAGCCAAAGUGCUGAGUGCUCAAGCAAACAAAUUAUAGUCGGUUUACAUCAAGAUCAGAAAAAACAAAUGCAAACUAAAUUGACCAGACAACAAAUGACUGGCUUAUUCCAGCAACAUAAUUUUGGAUCCACUGCUACUUUUAUUCGGGAUCAAACUAAAAAUGAUGCACUUGAAUCCACUUCAACUUACAGCAUUCAGACGACCGUGGACAACUCUGACAUGAUAAAAUGUGUGGGUAAAAAUAGUGUCACAAAUUUAAAUAGAGACAUGUAUAAUCUCUCUAGUAUCUCAGGUUCCAUCGUUAUUGAUGAUGAUAUAAAUCAUUUUAAGCUAAAAAACAAGAAUGUUGAUUCAUUAAAUCCAAUUUCUGAAAAAAGAAAUAAUAAUUUGAUGACAACAGAUGUUUCCGGCAUUCAUGAGGAUAGGGAUGAUCGUGUUAUCGUCUGGAAACGGCCCUUGGACCGUGCACAAACAAAUUCUCCUGAAGAUAAAAGUGCAAAUCAAAAUUCAUAUGCAAUAAACCUUAAUACUAGUGCUAAAAGUACUUCAAAAACUCUUGAAACUUAUAAAGAAAAGCAAAAAACUGCUAGUCAACAACCUAGAAUUGAUGAUUCCUCUAUUGAUGGCGCAGAAUAUUAUCGACGUAUGCCUAAUGUUUCCGAGGAUUAUGCUAAAGAAAACCUUUAUCCAAAUUUACAAAAGUUUAUGGAAUUGGUUCGUUGUGGAGACAUUUUAAUUCAAUUCUACGCAACGUUGGAGACUGAAAAAAUCUUACCGAGAAAUGCUGAUGUAGAACUUUUUCGCCCCAUAAUUCAAUAUUGUGUGUCGGAUCUAAUUCUCGGUAUGCUUGCGAAGUCACUAAAUCUUCAAGAUAAAUUUACCUUAUUAAUUGAUGAAAAUGAAUCAAAACAUGCCAAUUAUGUCAGAGCAUUUGUUGGUGGAUAUUAUAUGAUAGCUGGCCACAACGAAGCACACAUGCUUAUAAAACAGUUAUUACUCAACCUUCUUAAAAAAUCAGUAUCUGAAAUUUCUAGGUUUACAACUGGUGAAAAAUUAAACCUUACAGAAAUUUAUGAAUGUUUCAAGUUUGAUGUGUAUACAUUAUCGGAUGAACACGCAACAUUAACUGGCACCGCUCCUGAGUUAUUUUUCAGAUGGACAUUGGCACACUAUCGCUCUAUUCCCCAAUAUUAUUGUACGAAAGUUAAUGGAAUAAAUCAUGCCAAGGUUCACAUUGGCAAUGGUGUAUAUACUGAAGACGUUGAUUCAGACUGGAAUACGGCUGUUGGUAAUGCUUUUCGUAAUGCAUAUCAGAACCUAAAAGAGAAUGGUGAUAAUGAAAAUUUGAGUUUUACAGAAAUUAUCAAAAAAAAAAAUUUUGCAAAAUUUGAAGCUAUCCGAAAAAUUGUAUUAAUUCCUUUUAUCAGUCAAAUAAAGUUCCGACUUUCAAAAAUCAGCCAGUAA